AUGGCAGCAAGUGAAAUGCCAACAGUUGCAAUAGAUUUACUAGAAGUCGUGCCUUCGUUGCUCCCAGAAACCUCCUCUAAUACUCGAACAUCGAGUGGUAUCAAAGUCAACUUGGAUGAUGUACCGGAUGUCGGAAGUAAAUCUUCAAUAAUUAACAAACAGUCAACGUGGAUCACACGUGGAGUGACAAUUUUGUUAGCAACUGUUGUGGCCUGUGCAGCGAUAGUUCCACCAGCGGUCAUUCUCACUACACGCAACACUUCAUCAACCACAAGUACAACAAUAGCUGUACUAGUGAGUCAAACAAUGUCGAGUGCUUCAACUACUCAAACAACAGCUGCAACAACUUCCGCGGCAACCACAGCUGCAACAACUGCCGCGGCGACCACAGCUGCAACAACUUCCGCGGCAACUACAGCUGCAACAACUUCCGCGGCAACCACAGCUGCAACAACUGCCGCGGCAACCACAGCUGCAACAACUACCGCGGCGACCACAGCUGCAACAACUUCCGCAGCAACCACAGCUGCAACAACUUCCGCGACAACCACGGCUGCAACAACUUCCGCGGCAAGUACAGCUGCAACAACUUCCGCGGCAACCACAGCUGCAACAACAGUUAGUACGACUGUGGCAACAACGACCGGAGCAACAACUUCCGCGGCAACCACAGCUGCAACAACAGUUAGUACGACUGUGGCAACAACGACCGGAGCAACAACUACAGGUAUUGGCGUUAUUUGUAAAAAUGUAUAA